AUGUCCGAGCUGCGCUUUGACAACCAGACCGUCGUGGUCACUGGUGCCGGUGGUGGCCUGGGAAGGGAAUAUGCCUUGUUCUUCGGCUCGAGGGGCGCCAACGUCGUCGUGAACGAUCUCGGUGGAUCCCACAAAGGCGAAGGCCACUCGAGUAAAGCUGCCGAUGUUGUCGUCGACGAGAUUCGCAAGGCCGGCGGAAAAGCCGUCGCAAACUACGACAGUGUCGAGAAUGGCGAGGCCAUUAUCGACACGGCAAUCAAGAACUUCGGUCGUAUCGAUGUUCUCAUCAACAAUGCGGGUAUCCUGCGUGACAUCUCCUUCAAGAACAUGAAAGACCAGGAUUGGGAUUUAAUCAACAGAGUUCACAUCUAUGGUGCUUAUAAGUGUGCUCGCGCAGCAUGGCCUCAUUUCCGCAAACAAAAGUACGGCCGUGUUAUCAACACUGCUUCCGCUGCAGGAUUGUUCGGUAGCUUUGGUCAGACCAACUACUCAGCUGCCAAGUUGAGUCAGGUUGGUUUCACCGAGACCCUUGCCAAGGAGGGUGCGAAAUAUAACAUCAUCGCCAACGUCAUCGCUCCUAUUGCCGCCAGCCGAAUGACCGCAACUGUCAUGCCCCCAGAGGUUCUCGAGCAAUUGAAGCCCGAAUGGGUCGUUCCUCUUGUUGCCGUUCUCGUGCAUUCAUCAAACACAUCAGAAUCCGGCGGUAUUUUUGAGGUUGGCGGUGGUCACGUCGCCAAGUUGCGAUGGGAACGGGCCAAGGGCGCUCUUCUCAAAACCGAUUCUUCUUUGACCCCACAAUCCAUUUUGGCCAAGUGGGACGAUGUCAAUGACUUCUCAAAGCCUAGCUAUCCAUCUGGCCCUGCCGAUUUCAUGAGUCUUCUAGAAGAAGCUCAAGGCCUUUCCGCAAACCCUUCUGCUCCUGAUCUUGAUUUCAAGGGCCGUGUAGCUUUGGUCACCGGAGGUGGUGCUGGUCUUGGACGUGCAUACUCCCUUCUCUUUGCAAAACUCGGUGCAUCCGUCGUUGUUAACGAUUUGGCCGACCCAGAGCCUGUCGUUCAGGAAAUCAUCAAGGCUGGUGGCAAGGCUGUUGGCAACAAGGCCUCGGCUGAAGACGGUGAUGCCGUUGUCAAGGCUGCCAUUGAUGCUUUCGGACGUAUUGAUAUUGUUAUCAACAAUGCGGGUAUCUUGCGCGACAAGGCUUUCACCAACAUGGACGACAACCUCUGGAACCAAGUGGUGAACGUCCACCUUCGAGGCACCUAUAAGGUGACCAAGGCUGCCUGGCCCUACUUCUUGAAGCAGAAGUACGGUCGUGUUGUCAACACAACAAGUACUAGCGGUAUCUACGGCAACUUUGGGCAAGCCAACUAUGCUGCUGCUAAACUUGGUAUUCUUGGUUUCUCCCGUGCCUUGGCUCUUGAAGGUGCCAAGUACAACAUCAAAGUCAACACUAUCGCCCCUAACGCUGGUACUAACAUGACCCGUACUAUCAUGCCCGAAGAGAUGGUCCAGGCCUUCAAGCCCGAUUACGUUGCUCCACUCGUUGUUGCCCUUUCCUCUGAUGCCGUCCCCGGAUCUGGCACCAAGGGUCUGUACGAAGUCGGUAGCGGCUGGUUUGCCAGCACCAGGUGGCAGCGCAGCGGUGGCCACGGCUUCCCUGUGGACGUCAAGCUGACUCCCGAGGCAGUUGCUGCCCAGUUGAAGCGUAUCGUUGACUUUGAUGACGGCCGCGCUGACCACCCUGAGGAUUCUCAAGCUGGCACUGAACGUAUCUUGGCCAACAUAAACAACCGAUCGGGUGACCAGGCUGCAUCUAGUGACGAACAGGGUAUCUUGGCCAACAUUGAGAAGGCGAAGAACCUGACUGCUGUCGAGGGUACUCCUUUUGAAUACAACGACCGGGACGUCAUUCUGUACAACAUCAGCUUGGGUGCCAAGCGCACAGAUCUGCCAUUGGUCUACGAGAACAGCGAGAGCUUCCAGCCCCUCCCGACCUUCGGUGUCAUCCCAGGAUUUGACACGCAAACUCCGUACAGCCUGGAUGAAAUUGUUGCGAACUUCUCACCCAUGAUGUUGCUUCAUGGCGAACAAUACCUUGAGAUCCGCAAGUUCCCGAUCCCUACUGCGACCAAGACCAUUAACGUCCCCAAAUUGGUCGACGUGAUCGAUAAGGGCAAUGCGGCCAUUGUGGUAUCCGGCGUCACUACCAAGGACGCCCGAACCGGCGAGGAUCUGUUCUACAACGAAUCCACCGUCUUCAUCCGAGGCAGCGGUGGCUUCGGUGGCUCCUCGAAGCCAACUGCUCAGCGCCCUAAGGCCGCCGUCGCGGCCUACAAACCUCCCAAGCGUGCCGCCGACGUCGUCAUUGAGGAGAAGACAUCCGAGGACCAGGCGGCACUGUACCGCCUGAACGGUGACCGCAACCCCCUCCACAUCGACCCCGACUUCAGCAAAGUCGGCGGUUUCAAAACCCCAAUUCUGCACGGUCUCUGCUCGCUUGGUAUCACCGGCAAGCACGUGUUCCAGAAAUACGGCGCGUUCAAGAGCCUCAAGGCCCGCUUUGCUGGCGUGGUUCUUCCCGGCCAGACUCUCCGCACGGAGCUGUGGAAGGAAGGAAAUACGGUUAUCUUCCAAGCCACCGUCGUCGAGACUGGCAAGCCUGCCAUCUCUGGUGCCGGUGUUGAAUUGCUCGAGGGAGCAAAGGCAAAACUGUAA